AGAGAGAAGAGUGACUUAGAGAGAGAGAGAGAGAGAGAGAGGUGAAUUGGGUCGUUUGCUGGGUGCGGUACAGUCUGAGACGCGCGGCCAUGAACGUGCCAUCUCAAAGCUCUGAGUUUGAGGUAGCGGCCAAUAUCCUGAACCACUGGCUCCCCUUCCUCUCCCAAGAUCUUUGCUCUACAUGCAUCAACACCCUCCAUCAACGUAUCCACGCCAUCGCUUCAGGUGACUUACAGGAUGUUCCAGAGUUCAUCACGAACCAGUCAGAUUGCAGCCCAAAGUCGCUGGAAUCUGGCAAAAAUUCCUGUGAACCGGACCAUGAUUCACAGGACGUUCCAGAGUUCAUCACAAACCAGUCAGAUUGCAGCCCAAAGUCGCUGGAAUCUGGGAAAAAUUCCUGUGAACCGGACCAUGAUUCAGCCGCAAACCCUAGCCCUACCCCACGAAUGUCAUGGGCGGAUAUGGUCCAGGAAGAAGAGCUCGAAGACCAAGAAGAAGUGAGCAGUCAGUCAUGGGGUGACCCAAUUGAAGAAGUUACAGGGCCAUCAGUGGAGUCUCAACAGAAGCCUGUGAUGCUUUCCAGAGAUGAUAGAGAGUAUCUCCGUUUUAUGAGGGUGGUGAGAAAGAAGGAUUUUAUUUGUUUAGAGAGAGUUAAUGGGAAGAUUGUAAAUAUUCUUGGGGGUUUGGAGCUUCAUGUGGGUGUGUUCAGUCUUGCUGAACAGAAGAGGAUCAUUAACCAUGUAGAUGAGUUACAGGAGAUGGGGAGGAAAGGGCAACUCAGAG